UAUAGUUUUAGUUGUACAAUAGCACCAAAUUCAAUUCGUAGGUGCUAUAAUACAUUCUAGUUAUGUUUCUAACAUUUAUUUUGAUUUUUAUGCUCAUAAAUAAUGGGCGGGGUUGGGAAUCCCCCGCUUUUUUACCAAAUAAGGCAGCAGAGGGUUUAGUUCAAAUGGAGGAGGCAAACGAUAAAGCCAUUAUACGCAUGAACGAAAAUAUCAAGGAUCACAUAAUAGUCGCCUAUAUUAAUUAUAAAGGUGAAUCAGUUCCGACUGUUGGAAUAUUCGAGGAGCCCCCAUCAAGUAACGGUGACGAGCUUGGAGCAAUAAUCGAACGCAGUACCGGAGAUAAUCCAGUUUCACCAUGGGCCCUUGUAAUAACAAAAAAACAAGAUUAUGACGACAAAUACGAUGGCUUCCGUUACAAGUUUCAAAUAGAUAUCAAUUCAGAAUAUCGAUCUGUAUAUAUAAAAUUAAAUAAUGUUGAUGAUCAGCCUCCAUACAUUCAGGUGAAUCCUUCAAGCAACCCUUGUAAAAUAAAGGAAAACGUUACAGGAAAGACGGGUUGUACUUUUAACAUUACUGACAAAGACGGUAUUGUCAAGGAUAUGAGCUACACCUUGGUGAACAAUGUAACGCCUGAUAUAAAUAGCUACUUUGAAAUGCAAAACACUAAAGAGCUGAAGGAGGGAUUGAAAGAAUGGCAAACAGAGCUAUACGUAAAAAAAGAUUUAGAUUUUGAAAAAAUAAGUAGCUAUAUGAUACAUUUCACAGUUACGCUGUACAUGGUGUACUAG